AUGAGUGCUUCUUCAUCCAGCCCUCGGCUGGACGAGAACUCAACAUCGGGUCGAACAGAUGCAGCAUCCGCAACAGCAAAAGGGGAGCCCGAGCUGCAGCAUUCGUAUAAAAAUCGGACCCAUGAGAGCACCAAAACAGAUUCUAUCAUAUCUAGUGAUGCUGCUGGUGUCAAGAAGGCUGAAGCAGUUGUUCGCGCAUGGAGUGGGAACGUCGUGUGGGCUGUCUAUGCCUGGAUCUGGGUUUGCUUCUUUAUGCUAGCUUUUCAUUCCUCCAUCCAGGGCAACGUGAUCUUCAACGCAUAUGCCAAUUUCCAAAAAGCCCCGGAAGUUUCGACUUCAGCGAUACUGGGUAGUGUUGUGGGUGGAGUGGUAAAACUUCCCGUCGCGAAGAUCGUGAAUAUCUGGGGACGAGCUGAGGCCCUUGUGGUAUUUACUGGUCUUUUUCUGGUGGGUAUCAUUGUUCUGGCCUCCUGCACUGGGCCCAACGGAUACGCUGCCGGAUACGUUCUCUACUAUGUUGCAUAUAAUGCAAUUUACUUGAUCCUUGAUGUGUUCAUUGCUGAUACAUCUGGGCUUCGGAACCGAGCAUUUGCAUUUGCAUUCUCGAGCACGCCUUUCAUCUGCACGGCAUUCACGGGUCCUUUGGCGGCGCAGUCUAUUUUAAAUAUGACAACAUGGCGCUGGGCAUACGGUAUCUUCUCCAUAGUAUUUCCGUUUGUUCUUUUGCCACUUGCCGUUGUCUUCAAAUUUUACGAGCGAAAGGCUGAGAAAAUGGGGCUCUACCAAAGAACCAAAAACAAUCGGACUUCGCUUCAAUCACUUAUACAUUAUAUACAUGAGUUCGACGUCGUCGGUGCUAUAUUGUUGAUGGCAACUUUCAUCCUACUCCUCCUUCCAUUCAGCCUUUCAACUUACGGACGUGCUGAGUACGGAUCUGCUACUUUUAUCGCCAUGCUUGUCGUUGGGUUCUGCUUCUUCUUUGUCUUCGUCGCUUGGGAGAAAUUCUUCGCGCGCCAUCAGUUCAUUCAAUACGAUCUGCUUGAGCAGCGAACAGUGCUUGGUGCAUGCAUACUGUCCUUGGUUCUCAACUUCGGUUAUAUGGCUUGGGAUACCUACUUCGUCAACUUUGCUAUGGUGGUAUAUGACCUUAGCGUCUCAGAUGCAGGCUAUGUGAACCAGAUAUACAAUGUGGGUUCAUGCUUCUGGGCACCUCUAUUUGGUCUUUACAUCAGACAGACAAAACAUUUCAAGAAAGCAUGCCUUUUUUUCGGCUUGCCAUUAAUGCUACUUGGCUCUGGACUCAUGAUCCAUUUCCGUGGCCAGGACGACGGCAUUGGAUAUGUUGUCAUGUGUCAGAUUUUUAUUGCUUGCGCUGGUGGAACUUUGGUUAUCGGACAAGAUAUGGCCGUCAUGAGCGCUGCCGAUCACGAUGGAGUACCAAUGAUGCUCUCGAUCCUUGGACUUUUCGCUAGUCUAGGUGGUGCGGCAGGUGCUACCCUUGCCUCUGCCAUAUAUACGAAUAUUUUUCCAAAAACACUGGUGGCCAGAUUGCCCGAAAAAGCCAAGGCUGACUGGUCGGAUAUUUAUACGGGUGGUUAUAUCUCACAGAUGGCUUACCCGAUGGGAUCAGAAAUAAGGAAUGCCAUCAACCUUGCUUGGGGUGAUAGCCAAAAGUAUAGCUGCAUUGCAACCACUGCAGUUGUUGCACUAGGCUUGCCGUGUAUUGCCAUUUGGAAGAACGUGAAUGUGGAUAAGAAACAAGUCCCAGGUCGUGGUGCUGUAGAGCUCCUUAUCUUCUUGCUUCAAGUGGAAAUUGUUAGGUCCCACCUGGCAGCAGACUAUUGUGGCUGA